AUGAAUAGAGACGUUAAGUAAUACAAUCAGCACCCCUAAUUUAACAAAAACACUGAUCUUGGUCUAAUGAAUCAAAUGGGAUACUUUGAUGAGUCCUCGGAUGAUGACUAUGAUUUUGAAUCUGAACUGAAUACCCAAACUCGCAAUUAAAGUCAAAACUUUAUUUAUAAACAAAAAUCACAGAAUAACAAUAAUCCCUAUUUAGCUCAAUAAGUGGUUUAGGUGAAAUAAAUAGAACCAGUUUGUAGGGAAUUCACAAUGGGAUAGCCAUUAUCAACAAAGAACUAAAAUACUUAGGAACUAAACUUCACCAAUAAAAAUGAAUCUUUGUAUCAUAAUACUACUCAACCCAUUUCUCAAGAGACUUAAUCUAAUCUCAAUUCAAACCGACAUCAUUAUUAGAAAGAAAAUCAUCAUUUGAAUUCAGGUUGGAAGUAGUAGCAACAGCUCAAUGGCUAUAACUAGAUAUCCAUGCAAAAUGAGAAGAAGAAUAAAAGUAGAACAAAAUCUGGAUUAAGUAAUCCUAGUAGAAGAGAUCAUCUAAAGAGCUUUCAGCCAACAGUAACAGACUCCCAAGAAAUCCGCAUAGCCACUCUUGAGAAUAUCAUUAAUGAAAAAAUAAAUUAUAUUAGCGAACUAGAAACCAAAUUGCAGAAGAAUAAGUUAAAUUAUGAAAUAAUGAGUAUGAAUUAGACUCCAAGAACGGAAGGAACAGAAGUAUUUGAUUUCAUUACAAAAGGGGGUAGUGGAAGUGGUGCUAUGAGUAACAGAUUUGAAAACGAUGUAAAAAGUAUGGAUAAAAUUGAGCAACUGUAUUAGUAAACAUUGAAUAAAAAGAACAAAUACCGCGAGAGAGCAAAGAAGUACAAGUAAAUCUUAAGGAAAAGAGAUAAAGAAAUAAUGGACUUGAUAGUUGAAGCCAAAGAUGCUAGAAUUGGUCUCGAAAAAGAACACACGAAAAAUCAGGAUGUCAAGUCACAACUAAGGCAAGAGAUAAAUCUAAUUAGAGACGAUUUAAACUCUUAGAUAAGAAGAUAGUAGAUUGAAUACCAAUAUGAUCGAGAGAAAUGCGAGAAGGAGAUAUUUGAACUUUAAUAAAAGCUAGAGUCUGCUAAUAGUCAAUCUGAUUACUACAAGAAAGAAAAUGAGAAAGUUAAAAAUCAACAAAUGAACGAGCAUUUUCAUUAGAUAAAGUAGACUAAGCAAGAAUAUGAGUCGCUUAUAGAAAGAAAUGAUGAGAUUAUAUCCCGAAUUCAGAAUGAACUGAAGAAUAAAGAAAAAGAAGUGGUUCUCUUAGCUUAAAGACUAAAAGAAAAAGAACUCAUCAAGAGUGACUUGAACCACUUAAAUGAUGAACUCAUUAAAGUUAAGGAUGUUACUUCAAAAAAAGAUGACAUAUUAAAAGAAUAAGAAAGUCUAAUCAAUGACCUUAAAAUUCAGAUCUAGAAGAUAGAGAGAAUAUCAACAGAUAGAAAAGGAAAGAUCUAGGAUUUAGAGUUUGAACUCUAAAAUGUGAAAGAUGAUAACUAAAAAGAAUUUAACAAGCUAUAGAAUGAAUAGAAUAGAAGUAAUUAGUAGAUGAACAGGGAUCUGCUUAAACUUUAGAGUGAGAAUACCAGAUUAAAAGCUAAUUUGGAUGACUAAAUUAAUACUCUGAAGAAAGAUAAAAUCAAUCUGGAGAGAGAUGUCAUUGAUUAUGAGUCAUAAAUCAAGACUUUAACUUUGAUUAUCAAUGAUCUUAAGCAAAAUGGAAGAGAUAAGGUCGCAAUAGAGUAAAGAUUAGAAGCCAAAUACAAUGAAGUCCAAUUGCUUAAAGAGCAAAUAGAAGAUAUGAAGGAGGAAAUCUAUUGUCAAAAGCUUAAUAUUUCAAAAUCCAGAAGUGUCUCAAAGAAUAAUAGUACUAAUAAUCUAGGAAAUGCUAUAAAUAUCAGCUAGGAUAAAAGCUUCACAUCGAAUGAUGUUUAACUUGAGUAGCAGGUUGUUAAACUAAGUUAGUAAAAUAAACAGCUGAGAAUAGAAGUCAAUGAACUCAAGCACAGAUGCGAAGAUUUACAGUUUAAGUCAUAGAGAAUGUUUGAACAAAAGAGUGCUAAGUUGCUUGAAAAUGAAAACGAGAUAUAUAAAGAUAGGUAAGUUUAUAUUUCAAAUAAUAAAAACUGUAGUGUUAUGAAUUUGGAAAAGAAGGUAACUGAAUAAUCUUAGAGAAUACGCAAACUAGAGGAAGAUAAUCGCAGACUUCAAAAUGAAAUCAGCUUGAUAGAUUUGAAUAACCAGAACAAGAAAUUAGACUCAUAUGAAAAAUAAGAACUAGUUUAGAGGAUUAAAGAUUUAGAGGAUUAUUGUGAGGAGUUGGUCUCUUAACUUGGAAAAUGGUCAAACCUAGAUAGCAAAUCGCAACUGAUUAUAAAUAAAAUAGAGGAAGCCAGUCACAGAUCUAGCAUGCACCCUUCAUCCUCAAGAAAAGACUCGAUGCACUUCACUACUGUCAGCCACUUAGUAAUUUAUCACUGCGAUUAUUAAUCAUCAUUAGCAAUUGAGAGUGCUGCAUUAGCUGACAAAUUAUUGAAUGAUCUGCUUAAAACCACAGAGGGAUUCUAAAAACUUAAGAAAAUUAAUGAAGAACUCAAAACUCAGACUUAAAGCGACGCUCUAUAUGUCGAACCAUUGAAAAAAGAAAAUGAGAGAAUUGUUAGAGAAAAUAAUGACUUGCACAUGCAAAUGAUAAAGGUAAAGGAGGAAUGCGAGCAAAGAGAAAAUACUAUGAAGUCUUAAUUAAGAUAGAUUCAAAAUGAAAAGACUGACUUGCAAUUCCUAGCCAAUCAAAAAGAUUUCAAGAUUCAAGAGCUUGAUAAGACUAUCAUAGCAAUGAGAAAUAAGCUUGAAACAGCAUUGACUAAAACUUACAACCCAGCAGCAAAUGAUGUGGUUAAAGGGCUUAGAAAGGAGAUCAACCAACAAGAUAAUGUCGUUGGGAGAAAAUAAGAUUUCACCCUAUCAAGAGGCGUUGACUCUCAAAAUCUUGACCCUAACAGAUCAAGCUAAAAUUUGGUAGAUUUUCAAUCACAAUAGCAAGUCUGGGCUGAUGAGUUGAGAAAUGCUGACUAGAGAGCUCUGAUGUACAAGAAGGACUUUGAAAACUUGCAGGUUGCUUUAGCAGACUCUGAUAAGAAAAUCAGAGAACUUUAGAACUCAGUUAUAAACAGAGAGCAGGAGAUUCAAAGAUUAACUCUUCUCUACAAGGGUGGCUAGACCUUUGACUCAGUGAAGUUCAACUAUGAUAAGAUUACUGCUGAGGAAACCAUAGUUAAACUGCAGAAGCAAAAUGAAUUCUUAAACUCUGAGAACUUCAGGUUAGUCUCUGAAACUAGAGAGAUUUAAGAGUUGCUUGGUAUCUGUGAGAACACAGAUCCCACUAACAAGGAUAGAGCACAUUUGAAGAAGCUUAUUAGAGAGCUAAAGAAUAGAAAUGACACAAUGCAAAAGGAAAUGAAGACCAUGGAGAAAGUGAUUGAUCAGCAUAAGAGUGGAGCAUUCAAUCUAGGAGAUUCUGCUAAGAUCAUGAGUCAAGAGGAGAUAGACAGUUUGAAGGCAAACUUAGAAUAAAGAGAGGAGCAAUUAGCCGAUCUUGAACAAGAGAUGUCUAGACUUAAAUUAGAGAAUGAGAAAGUUUAACAGUACCAAAGUGCCUAUAUGAGUAACCAAAAAGCAUACACUGAAAACAUGGAAGCAUUAUCCAAAGAUGUGAAAGAAAAGGAAGUUAAAUUUGCCAACAUAACUCAGGAGAAUAAUGGUUUAGUCUAGGAGAUCAACUACCUGAAAGAGGAAUUGAACAUGUUUAAGGGCAAGUGCGCUAAUCUAGCCAGAGACGUUGAGCUUUCACAGAACUAUCUGUCAAAGAUGAAUUCAGAUAAUCACACAAACAGUGAACAGUACAGCUAUCUCAAAGAUAGAGUGAGAAUGCUUGAAUUAGACUUAGAGCAAGCUAUUCGAGCUAAAACCGAUGCCAACUUCGAUGUGAAGCGUCUUUAAACUCUCAUUGAAACCAUGGAGAAGUAAAUGCAUGAGACUAAACUUCAGUCGAUGAAAGCAUAAGGGGACACUUAAAACUAAUCCACAAUGAUCAACAGGCUGCAAACUCAGCUAAAUGGAAAGCAAAAUGAUAUUGAACUUCUUAUGAGGUAGAAAGAGGAGUUGGAACAUAUGGUAAAGACUCUGAAAGGAGAGAACUUGGAGUGUGAAAAGAAGGCUGCUGAUUACUAUUAAUAACUUCUAAGAACUAAUGAAAACUUCAAUAUUCUCCAAAAUGAAUAAAAAUUACUUUCACAAGAACUAACAAUGAAACAGUCAGAAAUUACCCGAGUCGAGAAAGAGAAACUUAGCCUUGAAAGAGAACUACUCUAGCUCAGGCCAUUAAGGAGUUAGCUAGAGAACUUUUCUCUUUCUACUUAGAAGACGAUUGAGGAGAAUGUUAGAACUGAAUACGAGAAGAACAAGUUGCAAUCUUAUGUCACAGAGCUCUAAAACGACUUGGACCUCAAGAAAAAUGAGUUGAAUGACUUGAACCAGAAGUACAACAACCUGAUAGUGUAGAACACUAAACUCAUUGAGACUCUUAAGGUGUUUGAGAGAGAGUCAUUUGAGAUUCAGACUAAGAUCAGAAGAGGCUUUGAAGUUGAGAAGGAAAAUGAGAACAUUGCCAAGACUAUUGAGGGUCUCAGAGCUAAUGAAAGAGACCUGCUUCGAUAGAUGGAUGAUCUAAGAGCUUAACUCAAACUUAAGGAUAAUGAGAUUGAUAGACUUAAGUCCAGAACUGAUAAUGCCUCCUACUACACAAAGACUCUCGAGCAGGAGCUUUCAGAAUAAAGAACUGAGAUAUAAAGACUCAACGACAUCAUUAACUCCUCAUAAAAUGAAGUGAUCAGAACAGAGUAGAGGAAAAACCAAGGUGAAGUUGAGCUUCUCGACUUGAAACGCAACAACCUAUUGCUUAAGGAUGAAAAGAGUAGACUUGAAACUGAUAUGCUGCAAAUCAGAAAGGAAUAUGAUGAGGAAAAGAAUAAAUCCAAGGCUUUGCAAUAGCAAAUUGAUAGACUAAGGGCAAUGGUUGAGAAUCUUGACAGCACUAGGGAACAGCUAGUAUAAAGACUUCAAGCGACCAAUUAGGAGAAAAUAGGCGAAGAGUAAGAUAAGUCUGUAUUGCUUUAAGAUAUCCAAUAAUACAAAAGACAGCUUAUGGAUAAAGACCAGACCAUUCUUGAACUGUAAAAAUCAGUCGAGUCUCUUGAUGGGAACAUUGAUGAUCUUUAGGCUGAACUUGACUCAAAGACUUAGGAUUUGGCAAAUGCUAGAGUCUAGUUAGACAAGUAUACCAGAGAGUUCUCAAAUAUUCAGCAUCAAAUGACAAUCACUACAGGCAAAGAAGAUUAGUAUUCUCGCAGACUCUAAGAAAGGGAGAGUGAGAUUAAACAACUCAGAAUUGAACUGUAAGGAGUUCGUUAGUAACUAGAGGAACAAACCUAAAUUGCUUAGCUUAAGGCUUAAGAAGCAGCUGAGUUGAUUGAGGAUAUCUAGACUCUAACACGUGAAAACAAAUAUGUUAAUGGUGAGUUUAGCAAAUCUGCUCAGGCAAAUGACUAUCUUAGAAAACAGAGUGAAGAACUAGUGGAAAGAGAGAGACACGCACAACAAGCAUUGAGAGCACUGGAAAUGGAAAAGAGUGAUAUACUGACUACCUACAGAAAUGCAUGCCUAGAAAAUGAGAGACUUCAAGAAUCUUUGCAAAUGGUAUCAAUGGAUUCAAAGGAAACAUAUGCUAAGAUUCAAACCUUGGAGAAGGAGCUGUAUGGAUAUCAACACAGAAUGAGAGAUUAAGAGUAAAGAGAAAGACAGUAUAUUGAUGAGAUUCACACCCUUGAAGGGCACAUUGAAAAGCUGACAUUCCAAUUGGAAAAUGCUCACUAGUAACUGAGAAGAACAACAGAUGAAAAAGAAGCACUUAUCAAUGACAUUCAUCAGCAAAGGAACGUGUCAUACAGUUUAGAGGCUGGAAGAGAAGAUCUUCACAGAUCAAUGAGCCAUUUAGAAACUGAAAAGCACCAGCUGAGACAACAAGUCAAGGAAACUCAAAGGGAGACAGAUGUUCUGAAGAGACAAGUUGAGUUGGAAAGAGAAAAGCUAACCUAGUUAGAGUAGGUUCUUGUUAAUGAAAGAAAACUGUUGCAGCAAAAGGAUUUCUAGAUUCACGACUUGAAUGUCUAGAGAGAACAUGACAAGGCAGAGAUUCAAAGACUUCUGCUAAGGGGAGAAAGUCUAUAAGCUCACAUUGAUUUACUAUCAAAGCACAGCAGAUCUCAAACCAACUUAGGCAACUCAUCAUCAAUAGACUAUUCAAGAAUCAACGAACUUGAGGAGCAAGUCAGACAAUAUCAGCUGGAAGCUGAAAGUCUGAGGAAUGACAAUGGCACACUCUAGGAAUACAUUAGCAAGUAUGAGCAACAAAUUCAGGUAUACGAAGCAUAGAUACAAGACCUAGAGAAAGAGAUUGCCAAUUACUGUUGA